UAUGCCUUUUCUGAGUUCGAUAAACAGUAUGCAUCGUGGUCUAGAUUCGGUACAAACAACACCAUAUAAAGUAUGAUGUUUGUACCGACGCUAGAACGCUAAAUAUAGACAAUGAUGUCACACAAUGCAUGAUAUAACUGCUUGACCGAGGUUGCAAAUCUAUCACAAACUCAAGAUGGAACUCAAUGAUCUUUCCUUAUUCUUGGCUGCGAAUUGGUUCUCUAUUAGUUUUGUAGUAUGUUCCUCAAUUAUUCUGUAUUUCUGGGGCAUUGCUCCUUUUCGACGCUCUACGAUUGUCGCUGCUGUAGGCGAUGUUCCUGGACCAACUCCGUUACCUUUCGUGGGUAAUAUUCUCGACCUCAUAAAGUUUAAAGGCCAGUUCCACUUGCAAAUCGACCACUACUACAAGAAAUAUGGUCGAUUAUUUACAAUGUUUCUAUUCGAGAAGAAGCCCUCGUUAGUGGUGAGUGACCCAGAGAUGUUAAAAGAGAUAAUGGUCAAAGAGUUUCAAAGCUUUCAUGAUCGUCCGGAUUUAAUGGAACUGCCAAAGCCAUUUGACUCCAUGAUGACUGCAGCAAAAGGAGAAACUUGGCAUCGCAUUCGCACUACGCUAUCACCAACAUUCAGUGCUCAUAAAAUGAAAUUGAUGAUUCCACUGUUGAAUAAGUCAUGUGAUCUACUAGACAAGAAAUUAGAACAUGAUGCUGAAACAGGAAAAACCAUUAACAUUUACAAGUAUUACCAAGGUCUGACCAUGGAAGCAAUUUUAGCCACCUUUUUUGGCAUUGACUGCAAUGCACAGAACGAUUACGACGAUCCAGCAUUUAAAGCUGGAAGAAACAGCCUUGAUCCAGGCCCGGUCAGACGAUUCAUCACUGGUCUUAUAGCAGUCGUACCAUUUGGUCCAUAUCUUGUGAAAUUUUUCCCGUCGUUUUUCAUUGGCCAGUUUCAAGAUCUUGUUCACUUGACAGAGAAGAUGAUUGAAGCUAAAAGAAGCGGGGAUAGUAAUCAGAGAAAGGAUGUACUUGGCUUGAUGCUGAACCACACUAAUGAUCAAGACGUUCCAGAGAACAAGAGGCUGACAGAGAGUGAAGUUAUUGCUCAAAGUAUGGUGUUUCUAUUUGCUGGCUAUGAGACCACGAGCAACGUCCUCUCCCUGGCCUGCCAUCACAUAGCGACUAGCCCAAAUGUCCAGGAAAAGUUGCAGAAGGAAAUCGAUGAAGUGUGGAGUGAUGAAGACCAGGCACCGUCGUACGAUGUUGUCCAGUCGUUACCUUAUCUUGAUAUGGUGAUCUCGGAAACACUUCGUCUCUACCCACCAGCUUUUGCGACAACCCGAGAGUGCACCAAAGAUUGUGUUAUCAAGGGUCUUCCUAUCAAGAAAGGAACUUCGAUAUUCACCGCUGUCUACAGCAUGCAUCGUGACCCUGAGUUCUUCCCAGACCCCGACACCUUUGACCCAGAACGCUUCAGCGUCGAUGCCAAGGCGUCACGUGAUCCCUACACCUACCAUCCCUUCAGUCAUGGUCCACGCAACUGUAUUGGGAUGAGGUUCGCCCAGAUGCAGAUGAAGCUGGCUAUAGUGCGCAUUUUGAAGAAAUUCAACUUUGUAGUUGCGCCUGAAACUAAGAUUCCACCGGUUGUCGAAGUGAAGCAGAUUCUGGGCUGCUCUGAUGGUAUCUUUCUCAAGGUUGAACGCAGACACUGAAGCUACAUAAUAUACCUUUUUAGCUUGGACGUAAUUUCUUUCCAUUUAAGACCAAAUGUUAUUCUUUAGAGAACCAUUUCUUUGUUUAAUGGCUUCACAUGAGAAGACACAUGAAUAUGGAUGCAGCUAAAACAAAAAAUCAUUUUCUCAAGAAAAAGAAAUGCGCUCUGUAAUCGGAAAACAUUCCGUCCAAGCUAAUUUUUUAUUUUUUUUAUUUUUUAUUUUGCAUUAGGAGUUGCAAGAUAAUUAAUGGUGUUACAGUCAUUCUCAAUGGACCAAAUCCACUUGGGCGUAAUCUUUUCCCAUUUCAGACCACUUGUCAUUCCCUACAUUAUUAUUUCUUUGCUUGGCGGUUGUUAAGAAGAAGGCGCAUGCAUAUGGAGACAACUCAAACAAAGAACCUUAUUCUGAAGAGAAGGCAAGUGGUCUGUAAUAGGAAAACAUUUCGCACAAGUCGAUUUGGUCCAUCCAUAGUAGCAUGCGCGAUGAAACCGUCGUCUUCACCGUUUCCAUCACAUUCCAUAGGCACGUGCAAUUUCAAUUUUUUGCCAAUUCUCGACUUUCACAUCCCCAUAAUCCUUUGCGUCUUUGGGGGGUAACCAGAGGGUAAAAACCCACUUAUUUUGCUGAAGGCUGAUCAG